AUGUUUUUAGUUCGACGGACGACCGGGCGCUCCGUAAGAUCAAGACUUGCAUUUUGUUCACAAGACCUUACUAGAGGAAUCACUACUGCGGACAAAACGAGCAUAAACAAUGAGAGCACACCGUCCGCAGGAACAAGCCCUGAAGAGCCACUUUCCGAGCCGCAUGACGAACUAUCCGUGUUGCGUCAAAGAGAGUAUAAUAACCAAGUGAAAGAAAUUUUGCGGUCGUUUUCCAAAACUCCCACAGAGGAGAUAUCAAACUUUCACAGCUCACUUUCAAAAGAUCUCGGUACCAGAGAAAAACAACUGGAUGAUGAACUUACUUCAUUUCUCAAGCAGUUUUCACAGUUAAACAAAGUCAUUGAACCCAAAUCCGAUCGCGUGGAAACUCAAGUAUUGUCCAACCAGUCCCGCAUAAAAUCCUUUCCCUUCUUGGUACCAUCUUCGAAAGACAAGCCAUAUUCUACACAAGAGCUUUUCCUUCGUCAAAUGAAGCACGCUGAAAAUUCCGGUAAGCUUGGUGCUUCGAUUGAAAAUGUUUAUCUUCCGCAUCGUGAUAUCUUCAACCCUCCCACAAUUGACAGACUUUCAAUUUCUGAGCUUCUCGCAGCGGGAGUGCAUUUAGGCCAAUCGACCUCUUUGUGGAGACCAAACACUCAGCCAUACAUAUAUGGAGAGUACAAAGGAAUUCACAUCAUCGAUCUUAACAAGACGCUGUCCAGUGUGAAAAGAGCUGCGGCUGUAGUUCAAGGCGUUGCAGAAAGGGGUGGUACUAUCCUGUUCCUAGGUACCAGGGAAGGACAGAAGAGAGCCCUCCAGGAAGCAGCAAGAAGAACACAUGGUUUUUAUGUUUCUACUAGAUGGAUUCCGGGUACGUUGACUAACCCAACCGAGAUCUCCAGCGUCUGGGAAAGACAUGAGGUGGACUUUGCAGAUAUGCCAACCAACAGGCAGCUUAAUGCAGACGAGGAGGCAGGGAUUGUGAAACCAGACUUAUUGGUUAUCCUUAAUCCGACAGAGAACAGAAACGCUUUAAAUGAAGCUAUGCAAGCGAGAAUCCCUACAAUUGGUAUAAUCGAUACCGAUUCGGAGCCGUCAUUGGUAACAUAUCCUAUCCCCGGCAAUGAUGACUCGCUACGAUCCGUCAACCUGCUCUUGAGCGUUUUGGCCAAAGCAGGAGAAAUCGGCUUACAAUCUCGUCUCCAAAAGAUUACUUCUCAAUCUGCUACUUAG